AUGGCUGCCUGGCAUAGAUGGCUCUGCUGGCGCAAAGAGCUGGUUGCGGCUUCACCCCGCUCACCCUCAUGUGCCUCAUCCUCCAGUGACGAAUCCGUGCCGCCGCAGCGCGUGUGGGCAGAUGUCCGGAGACGUGCAUUGAUUCGCUCUGUGGCUGCGACCAUUUUAGCGAUUGUCGCCAUAUUUCUUCCAAUUGCACAGCCCGCAGGCCGAGAAUUGGGACAUAUCAUUUGCAAAGAAGAAGAGUUGCCAGCUGAGGACGUGAUCCUAGCAAGUUGGAUGUCUAUCUUGACAUCCAUUAUAUCGUUUGCAUGCUUGGGCUUAGUCCUGUCAUCUCAAAUGAAGUGGUGGCUUUCCUCGCCCUUUUUAAACAGGGUGAGGUGGCACGUGUUGCUGGACUCGGUGAAUGUUUGGCUUUUUCAUUUUCUGGCGACUCACCCUGCCUGUGGACUCCGCUACAAUCCAGCAAGUGGUCUGACUACAUUGAGUUUUUUUGCGAUUCUUUGCCAUGUGUUUUUCUGGUUCAACAAGCUCAUGGGCUUCACGAUCAUCAAGACACACUUGGCAAUGCUGGAGAGGGCUUUCGAGCGUCCACUAGGCACUCAAUUUCUGGACUACCUCCAGGUCAUUUUCGGAGUAUCCAUCGUUGUGUCGACCGUGUCAUUUGUUGGCUCCAGUUCUGUGUCACAAGUGCACGAGCUGAUUGGGAUUGUCAUGCUCAUUGAAGUAUCAGUGGUCCUCUCCUGCAUUGCUUUGGCAGUCCUCAUGACCCGCGCCUUCUGCUUAGCACAUCGCUAUGCCAAAAUGGAGGCCGGACAGGAAAAAAGACCCGCAGAAAAUGAGCUCGCCCUCAAAGCAGUCCAUUUCUCGAAGCGAAUGAGGUGGGAGACGCCGUUGAACCUGCUGUUGGUUGCCACUGCCUUUGCUCUCCAUGUGUUCUGGUUAUUUCAAUUGCACUGGCACCAGCCAAACCACAGGCACACCAUCCAGGAGAUGGCUUUCCUUUCGGCAGCUAUUCUUUCGCUGGCCAACUGUGCUCGGUAUUCCUCGCUGCUAUCUUUGGCCGAGUUCAAUCUUCCUCAGAAGAAGCCGAAGCAGGGGAUCUUCCACCAGAUGUCCGGAGCCAUUUUUGGAAGCUUCAGCAACGAGAGUUUGGAAGACAUAGACCAGUGGAAAACAGGACACCACUCAUGGGAUGAGAAGACUUAUGAACUUGCCCAUCGGGCUGUGACGUUGAGAGCUCUCCUGGAGUUUUAUAGCAGCCUCCCCGCCAAGAUGCCUCACUUUGACCCUGCAAGACACAAAACGUCGGAUAUCGUGCGGCAGGUGAUCAUUCCAAUGAGCCGACAGAGUCCAUACGGGGAUUGCGCUGCGGCUAUGGUGCUGAUGGGUGGUCGAGAAAUACUUCCAGAUCGUAUGGUCACCCACAGCUGGUCCAACCACUUUGCCCAUUUGGUGGCGUCUGUUGUGGCCGAUGCGCUGGAACUGCCUAGCUAUGAAUCCGUUUUAGCCAGGCUUGAAGCCCAGGAGAUGUUGGCCUUGAAAUCCGAGCUUUAUUGGAAGAAGAAGCUGGAUACCGCGUAUUGGAUUUGCUGUUUCAGCAUCAAUCAACAUGCCGGGAUUUGCGGCUACGUGCCUCCGGAUUUGCAAGACCCUGUGACGCACGCGCUGCCAAAAGCAUGUUCGUGUAAACAUCCCAAGCAUUGGAGCGACUCCGAGCCCUUGAAAGACGGACAAAGCGUGGACUGUGAAAUGAAUAAGUUUGAUAACAUGAUGGACUGCAUUUUUUCCUUGAACCCUGAGUGCAGCCAAUUGAUCGCUGUUGACAUACAGUUCAAUCUCUUUACUAGAGCCUGGUGCGUUGCCGAGAUUCAUCAAGCUCAACAGAUGUACAUGCCACAACGCAUGAUUAUCUUUUCUGAAGAGAACUUGAAGCGUGAAGAGGUUUGGUUGCAUCACCUCAAAGUCCAGGAGAUGAAGGCAUCGAAUCCUGCAGAUGCGAAGUUCAUCCUGUCCAAGAUCGAUGAUCCCCGGCAGUUUGACGCUGACCUGCAGCAACUCAUCUUUGGCACUGGUGGCCUUGUCCAAGCAUGUCACAUGGGCUUCGAGCGUAUGUCUUUGCUUGGGGCAGUGGCUCAGAAAGGGUUUGAUCGUCAACGCACUAUGGAUUUCGUGGUUUGCGUGUAUAAUUAG